GGUGUUUGUCAGCGCCGGUCAUCAAUUAGUUGGCAAGACACAAAGACAUCGUGUUAAUUAUGUAAGAAUGACUGAAGAUUGGCAAUGGCAUUGUAUUUUUCCUGGUCCUUCGGGUAUAGAGAACAUGAACUUUGUAUAACGUUGACUUUCCCAGAGGAUGCCGAAUCUUCGGCAUGCGGGGCCCACUUGCGCCGAUUGAUCCCCCUCUGACUGGCUUCUCUUUUCGACUGACAUCUGACUCUCUCACUUAUAGUCUCCUUGUUUGUCAAGACGAACCUGAAAUUUUCUCGCACAAUUGAAUAAAUCACCGGUCCUUAGAUAUUAGAUGGUUGAAUAAUCCAACUAGUGCAAUCGAAUUGGUAUAUCUCAAACCUCCAAAAUCCGCCUCCGGUCGAUCCGCGCCAUCUCCCCGCUGCCGCAAACCAGCACCCGCCGACCCAAAUCGCACGAUGCCUUCCACCAUCUCCCCAGGCGAGAUUGACGCCUCACAAUUCGACAGCAUCCCCGACGCGAUCCAAGCAAUCCGCAACGGCGAGUUCGUAGUCGUCCUGGACGACCCCUCGCGAGAGAACGAAGCAGACCUCGUAAUCGCCGCCGAGGGGAUUACAACGCAACAAAUGGCGUUUCUAAUCCGUCACUCCUCCGGACUCAUCUGCGCACCAAUCCUCCCACAGCGCGCCGCCGACCUGGACCUGCCGCCCAUGGUAGCGCGCAGCGAGGACCCCCGGGGCACCGCCUACACCAUCAGCGUCGACUCAUCCGACCCGUCCGUGACGACGGGCAUCAGCGCGCACGACCGCGCCCUGGCCUGCCGCGCGCUUGCCGACGACGAGGGCUCCCACCGACAGAGCUUCCGCCGGCCGGGCCAUGUCUUUCCCUUGCGCGCCGUCCCCGGGGGUGUGCGCAAGCGCCGCGGCCACACCGAGGCCGCGCUUGACCUGUGCCGGUUGGCUGGCAAGAAGCCUGCGGCUGUGAUUUGCGAGCUGGUUGAUGACGGUGAGGAGGUCCCCGGCCGGGCGGUCCGUGAGGAGCCCGGGAUGCUCCGCGGCGAGGCAUGCGUGGCGUUUGCGAGGAAGUGGGGGCUCAAGGUGUGCACCAUUGCCGAUCUGGUUAGGUACUUGGAGAAGACUGAGGGGAAGCUCGAGAUAAACGGUUCGUGACGGGUCGGGUAUGAAAAGGCCACGAGACGGUACGGGACGUUUGUGCACCGAUGGCGGUCUCGUGUGGCCCCAGGUGAUAUGCUGUAUCACAGGGUAUUGUUUCAAACGCAUGGGCAGGCAGUUUGGAUAUGUUCGAGGAAACUGUCUAUACUACAAGGUUGUGUAACUAUGCUCUUGGUUCCUGGCGCAACUGUAAUCUGCAUAGGGUGGGUUGGUAGACUAAAAGGAAUUAUCUCGACUGCAAAUUAGAUCGCGACUCAUUCCUCAUCC